GGUUGGUUAUCUACAGAAAUCACAUGACUAGAAGAAUGCUUCUCCUCUGAGGGGCAUAGAAAAGUUCCAUAUACACUGGAACCACUUUUGAAACAGUAUCCUGCAGUAACAGAAGAGUUUUGAGCCAGACACACCUCAUUCAGAAAAGGUGACAAAUUAUGAACAUUACACUGAAUGCUGCGAUGAAGCUGGUGAUUCUGCUGUUUUUUGUGGAUGCAGCAGCUACUGGCCUGAAGAUCUGUGCUUUCAAUGUCAAGAGCUUUGGGGAGGCAAAGGCAGCAAACCAGAAAAUCAUGGACACUUUACUCAAGAUCCUAUCCCGGUGUGACAUCUCUCUUCUUCAGGAGGUUCGGGAUGCUAAAGGAACAGCAGUGCAAAUGCUAAAGAAUCAGCUCAAUAGCUAUGACAGUACUCACACCUAUAAAAUCAUUGAGAGUGCACGACUGGGAAGAAACAAUUACCAAGAGCAGUAUGUCUUCUUUUACAGGUCAGGCACAGUGUAUGUGAAAGACUCAUAUCAAUAUCCUGAUGACCAGAAAGAAGACCCGGAUGCUUUCUCUCGUGAACCGUUUGUUGUCAAGUUUGAGGCACCCAAAACGGUUAUCCAGGAUUUUGUGCUGAUUCCCCAGCACACUACACCAGCCAAUGCCACAAAGGAACUGGAUGAGCUGUAUGAUGUGUUUCUUGAUAUUAGAAGGAGAUGGAAGACAGAGAAGAUAAUGUUUCUUGGAGACUUCAAUGCCGAUUGUGGUUAUGUCCCAAAGAAAGCAUGGAAAAAUAUUCGAAUUUGCUCUGAACAAGGUUUUCACUGGUUGAUCGGAGAAAAAAAUGACACUACAGUCAAAGAAUCCACACGUUGUGCCUAUGACAGGAUCGUGGUUUAUGGGAAUGAGUUCCUCAGCAAUAUAGUCCCAGGCUCAGCUAAGCCAUUCAACUUCCCUGAGGCACUCAGGAUGUCUGAAGCAGAGGCAUUAGAAGUCAGUGACCAUUACCCUGUCGAAGUGGAACUCCAUGCAAAGUCUGGAGGACAAAAUAAUCAAGCUUUGAUGCUGUUAGUUUUUACAUACACCCUCAUGGAAGCCAGAAACUGGUUUGAGAGCAUCUGAUAAAACUGCACUGAAGAAGAAGCACUCUAUCUAUAUGUGCAAUUCUGUGACAUUUAACUAAAUCUGAGCAGUCUUCUCCUCAGUAAUCAAGAUGCAAUGAUUACAAGUAACUGGAAAAAUGGGCACAUUAAUUGGCAAAUGGAUCUGUCAAGCGGAGAAUAAGACACAUAUCACACAAACUGUUGGUGAUUUUUGUCACCAAAACAGGCCCAUAUGAACUAUUUAAAAGCUGCUGCUUUGCACAGAACCUUCAUUCAUAUCACAUCAGAUGAAACCCAUACACGAAAUAGUAAGUGUAAUAGGAAACACAGACACAUGCAUAAGAAAUGUAUCAGAUAAAUAUAGUGACUGCCUCCGUGGUAGAAGAGGAGAGCCUAAAUUAGCCAUGGUUCUUGUAUAACCUGCACACCAUCUCAGACAUACCUGUGCCAUACUAUGUCAAAACUGACUUUCUGAAAGUGAUGUAUUGUAUUAUUUGUUUACUGACUGUUUAAAAAUAAGUCUCUUUGAACUUGCCAAGGUUCAGCUCCUUUGCAAUUUAACUGUCCCAACCGGCAAUAUGAAUUCUGAAGCACUUUGCCUUGUAUCCACUUAGCUGACAACAUUUUUGUAUUGUUUAUGCCUUUUACAACUGCAGGGAUUCGUUGUAAUGUGUGUUGAAAUCUAUUUGGGUUGCAGCUUGGGUAAGUCAUUGUAAAUCACCAUUCAACUGUAAAAGGAGAUAAAAAGAAUUCCAAGUCUAAAUGAAAACAAAGUUUGGUUUGAGUGGAUCCAGUGGUGCUGAAAGUGCUAACAGGGCCUGGCAGGGUACUCAUUCAAAAUCAAAUUCAGGCAGUCUCAGUUUGUAGCCAGCACAGCAGUGAGUGCUGUGCUUUAUGCAACAUUAUCCCCGUCACCACCACCAUCAUCAUCAUUAUUAUAAAUUACCGAGGUUUACAAAGUCAGUUAUUUUUCCAUUCCUUCAUUCCUGAAGAUCAGAUAAGGUUCCUGUCACAAACAGGUUUCCUAGAAUUUCACAGUGUAGCAGGGGCGGACCAUGUAAGUGUAUUAAAAUGUAUAUUUUUCACCAAGUUUUCAUAAAGUAAUACUCAAAAAAUAAUUAACUGCUAGAACCGUAAUACAACUGUGUAGGUGUCUGCAUUCUGCUGGGAUUUCUUAUAUCUAGAAUUACUGCAGUAAAUACAGUGGGUGGCAGUGAACUAAAAUAUUUACCUUGGCUGAACUUUGGGGAUGUCAGGGUUGCAUCUCUGUCCUUUGCCAAUGAUGUUGUCCUCUUGGCUUCAAUUGACUGUGACCAUCAUUAUGCAACAGGGCAACUCAAUGCCGAGAGUAAAGUGGACAGGAUGAUUAGCAGCAUUUUUAAAUCCAAGGUCAUAAUUCUAUUCUAGAAAAGACUUAAUUACUCCCUGCAAGUGAGGGAGAUGCAGCUACCUGAAAUACAGACAUGUACAUAUUUUGUGAUCUUGUUCAUUAGUGAAGGUAGAGGGCAUCAGCAGACUGACCAGCAGAUGGGUGCAGUGACAGUAGUACUGUGGGCAUUUUACCAGACUCUGUGGGUAAAGUGGGAGCUCGAUCAUGGGAUGAAGUUUUCAAUUUACAGUCAGUCUGUAUCUUCAUCCCCACCUGUGGUCAUGAACUUUGGUUAGUAGCUGAAAGCACAAAAUCAUGGAUACUAGUGGUGGAACCGACGUUCCUUUGUACAGUUACUGAGCUCACCUUCCAUGACAAAAUGUAUUCAUGCAGAUUCAUUCAUGAAGAUCCAGGAAUACAACUAUCGGUCCUCAGAAAUAAGAUCAGACAAAUGUCAUGGUUUGGACACCUAGAGAUGAUGCCCCAAGGCCCCUUCCUGAGGGGGUGCCAGCAUGACAUACUAGAAGGAGGCCAUGAGGCUGACCUAGAACAUGUUAGAAAAUUAUACUUCCAUCCAACAUGGGAGUGCCACAGCAUCCCCCAGCAGGAGCAGGAGUACAGGGGAGUCUGCUCUGCCCUACUCACUUUGUUACUACUGCACCCUUUGUCAGGAUAAGCAGUUUACAAAAUGGACGGAUACGUGCAAACGACGAAUAGACAGACCAUCUGCAAGUCCCACUGCAUGUUUUGCCUGAUGGAACUAUAGUGAAGCAUUUUUUGUUAUUUCUGCCACAUAUUCCACUGCCAUGCUUUGCUUUUAUGGGUGUGAAAGACAGAAUGGCAGUGGCUAUGAGAUUUCAUCUUGCAGUGCUAGUAGGCUGACUCUGACAAAGCAUGUUGUCCAGUCAGAAAUUUGGCUGCAAGAGAAUACUGCAGCAUCUGUCAGGCUGCUGUUUUUCCAGGGAGUUAAUGUAUAACUUAUCUCUGAUGAAAGUUAGGGGUGCGAUAGCAUUAAAAUACCGAUAUAUGCAAUAUCGAACAAGAAAUGAGGAAUGCUUACUUAAUUAUGUGCUCCCAUCUUUGGGGAACAAAACAGAAAAAGGCUUAUUUUCAUAGCUGUGAAGUAUGGAAACUGAUCCACAUAUUCCAGUGUCUUUCACGACUGUGGAUUAAAAAAAUGUCAGCUCUGUUGACUCAUAAAAUGUUUAUGACAUUGUAAAUGAAUGCCACUUAGGGACUUGAAGAAUGGAUUGAAAUUUGCCAAAAUAAGCCCACUGGUUAAAUGAGGGCAGGUUUGCCAUGGAAAUUCUAGAAAGUAAGAGACAAACAGAAAAGUCAAGUUGGGUAAAAAGGAAUAUAGAUAUUUUUUCCUCAGAGAGUGAAACAUCUAACAGUACAAUAUGCAUACAUAUGUUAUGGAACCUAUGUAAGUAAAAUGUAAGAAAGUCAGGGAUCAUUUGAUGGAGGAAGGUACUACAAGACUUUAAAAUCUUUAAUGAGAAAUGGUUCUGGCAAAUAGAAAAUAAAAUGUGUAUGUGUGUGUGUGUGUGUGUG